GAUGGUGCCAGAUCUUAGCCGGGACGUUCUGCCCUCGACCGAGAAUGGUCAGAGGCGUAACGUCAAAAGUCGGCCUAUUUAAAUGAAAGCGACGCACGGAAGCAGCCGAACCUCAUCGACGAACGACUCCAACGCUUUGUCUGAAGUUGUGCAUUUUUAUCCUGGCGAUGAAGUUUGUCACGCUCUUCCUGGUGUUGUCGCUGGUGAUGCUCAUGGCUGAGCCCGGCGAUUGCUUCUUUAGAAGUCUCUGGAAAGGCGUCAAGGAGGGAUUCAGAGCAGGACGCUCGGCAUAUAAAGCACACCGACAACUAAAGAGGAUGGGCUGGGAGAACCAACAACCCAACCACUACCCGCCACCACAGCAGCAAUACAUGCCGAUCAUCGUUGAGGAUUGAACCCGAUAUGCAAGUUGUGGAUUUGGCGCAGGCUUGGAAACGAAGCUUCAUAAAGCUUCACGGCAAAUAGUUUAGCUCAACGCUUGACGCCGUUUGAAAAGCUUCCAUCUUAGUGCAAAUGCCUUAACGCUUAUCACCGCCCUGCUGAGUAAAGCAAAUUUAAAAAGCCACUCUUAUGAGAGGAUAAAGAAUAUAUGCAUGUGUCUUUGCUACAUGAGCUGAUGAAAACGCCCU